AGCACAGCGCGUCAAAAACAGUCAACUACUACAGCCUGUUAACGAUUUCUGGAUUUACUUUUAAACGACCUCUCGAUUUAUUUCAAUCUACGCGAUUCUAUCUUUUCGUUUUCGAGGCGUCGUCUCCACGGGGGAGAUAAUGUUUUUCCGUCGUGGACUGAAGCUGUCGGCGGCGUUAGAUCAAGCUUUCAAAUCAACGGGCUUCGUGCAAGCCAAUGGAAACAGACUAAAGGACCUUACAUGGACACUACAUAAAGGCUGCACGUCUCGAUUUCACCGCGAGCCCUCUGCACCCGCCGGUGGUCUCUAUUCUGCACGUUCGCACGGCAGAGACCACGAGAAAGGCUUGAUCGCUGUCAAAGCCCGGGACUCGUCUUGUCGUUUCAUAAUCCCGGACCGGGCACACUUUGUCCGGGUGGCCACCACUAGUGCCUUGAAUCUCCCGAAAUGUCAACGGAGUGUCACCGAUCUUAAACGGGACGCCGACCGGCCACUUUAUCAAGCAACGUGGCACCAAAGAGGCGCAGCGCCAGAGACGAUGGAUACUGUUCUGUUUACGGGUGCAGCGAGGAUUUGCGCCCCAAACUGUUCCAUAAAGACCACGCAAACAAGAGCGUCCUCCACGGCUACGGCCGCGGCGCAGAAACGCGGCGCACACAGCUCCGAAACGAGACCCGGCGACAAAGCGGAAGAGCAGGAAUUCAAGGAUCAUUCUACCACCUCUUCGCCUUCCUCCUCGUCAUCAGGGGAGCCCGAAGACAGGAAGCUCAACAAGACCCAGCAGCUGAAGAAGGUCUUCAAGGAGUAUGGCGCUGUUGGAGUCUCCUUUCACGUGGGCAUCUCCCUCAUGUCCCUUGGCAUGUUCUACCUCCUUGUCUCCAGUGGGAUUGAUAUGGCCGCCGUGCUUUGCAAACUGGGCUUCAGCGAGGCAGUCAUCCAGUCCAAGAUGGCAGCCGGGACCAGCACUUUUGUCCUGGCCUACGCUGUUCAUAAGGUCUUCGCUCCGGUCCGCAUCAGCAUCACCCUGGUGUCUGUGCCUCUCAUCGUACGCUACUUCAGAAAGACUGGCCUCUUUAAACCCCCUACCCCUACACCCUAAGCACACCUUCCUCUGCCCCUCCUCUUCCUCACGAAGUCAUGACUUAACUGUCUGUGGUCAUACUUCAAGUCUGUACAGAGCCAUGCUCAUCCGACUCUAAAAACGCUAGCAUCAUCCGGUCACCACUCAGGUGUCAGUGGCAUUGUGAAUUCAGGUGAAAAUUGUUCGACUUUGUUGUCUAUAUGUAGUACUUAUCCAUGGCAAAAUGCAAGUCUUUGAUUAUUUGCAUUACUGCAGGUGCACAAUUGUAAAUGGAUGAACUGUAAUUACUUUCUAAAUGCCAUUGUGUGUGGAAAGCUUUCCUUAACUGUAUGCAUUCCAAAAAAAAAAAAAAAAGAAAAGAGAGGAAUUGGAGGAUUACAGUGGUUGAAUAGUAUUUAUUUACAAUCAAAAGUAUAGAUCAGGGAUUUGUAGAUUGGAUGUGAAGCUCUAUUGUGGAGAAGUGUGGGUUAGUUGCUAAUGGUAAGAUCAGUCUUAUUCUCUCUUGAUACUGUGAAGGCUCCCCAUGGGACGGAAAAAGUUCAUUUCUCCUGCACUUUUCCCUGUUAGCUGACUUGGCCUUGUUCUGGUGUUUAGUGAAUCAGCAGAAAUAUUCAGGUUCUCUCUCUCUCUCUCUCUCUCUCUCUCUCUCUCUCUCUCUCUCUCUCUCUCUCUCUCUCUCUCUCUCUCUCUCUCUCUCUCUCUCUCUCUCUCUGUGCUCUGCUCUGCGCUGCCUUCUCCCCUGAACUUCCCCUCCACUUCUCCUGGUUUUCAAUUUGGUUUCCUUUUAAUUUCCCCCUUCUUUUUCCUCAAUGCCUUAUACCUUUUCCUCUCUUAUAACGUCCUUACUUCCUCAGACUUUUUUCUAUUCUAGUCUUUCCUUGCUCCCAUAUGCCUGUGGCAAAGCUUUCUUUGCUCUGGCACAUUUAUAUGAAUGAAGUUAAUAUAUAUAGUUCAUUGCAGUGCGUUGACUACAUGUAAGUGCAGUUUGUGUUCUCUCUACAUUACUGUAGUCAUACUUUUAAAAAAAAAUUGUUUUUAUUAUUGUUUUUUGUUUUACAUUUGAGUGCUAGUUAAUUGUAUUUAAAUAAUAAAAAGGGAGAAUUGAU